AGGGAGGCCGCCAAAUACGAAUCCCGAGAGCGAGUAACCGAUGGUGGGCCUGAGCCGAGCGAGUGAAGGGAGAGCGGAACACCGGGCCGGUACUUUACCAAUCAUGGCGAAGAGGGCGAGUAUCCUGGAAACACAAGGCAUGAAAAAACCAUCCAUUACCCGCGUGCGUGUAGCGGUCCGCUUGAGGCCGUACAUGGAUAAAGGGGAAGAUAAAGUCUGUGUCCGGGGUCUGGACUCCCAGUCCCUGGAGAUUAUCAACUGGAGGAACCAGAUGGAGACCAUGCAGUACCAGUUUGAUGCAUUUUAUGGGGAAGCUGCUACUCAGCGGGAGCUCUACACCGGUUCUGUGUACCCGAUUCUUCCACAUUUGCUUAUUGGACAAAACGCCAGCGUGUUUGCCUAUGGGCCCACAGGAGCAGGGAAGACUCACACAAUGCUGGGGGACCCGAAUCAGCCAGGUGUCAUCCCUCGGGCUGUUAGAGAUCUGUUACAGAUGACACGGGCAGCUACUGAAGAGAACUGGACCUACGCUAUCAGCAUGUCUUAUGUGGAGAUUUACCAGGAGAAGGUGAUGGAUCUUCUGGAGCCCAAGAACAAGGAUCUUCCUAUCAGAGAGGACAAGGACCAUAAGAUCCUGAUUCCUGGUGUGACACAGAAAACGCUUAACAGCUUCUCGGACUUUGAUGAGUUUUUCAUCCCAGCAAGCCAGAACCGCACGGUGGCCUGUACAAAACUAAACGACCGGUCCAGCCGCAGCCAUGCCGUCCUACUCAUCAAGGUGCAGAAGACGCAGCAAGUACCACCAUUCAGGAUGCUAACGGGGAAGUUGUAUCUGAUAGACCUGGCGGGAUCAGAAGACAACAGACGCACCGGUAACCAAGGCAUACGCCUGAAGGAGAGCGGCGCCAUCAACUCCUCGCUCUUCACGCUCAGCAAAGUGGUAGAUGCCUUAAAUCAGGGGUUACCCAGAAUCCCUUACAGAGACAGCAAGCUGACACGGCUCCUACAGGAUUCCCUUGGUGGCUCCGCCCACAGCGUUAUGAUAGCAAAUAUCGCACCGGAGCACAAGUAUUACUUUGACACGCUGACGGCCCUCAACUUUGCUGCCAAGUCCAAACAGAUCAUUAACAAGCCUUUCAGUCAGGAAACCAUUCAAGCUUCAGUUCAGGCCACCUUUAAGAGGCCUCGGGAAGAUGUAGAUAUCACUGCCCCACAUCACAAAUUGAAGAGAACCAAGAUGGACUCUAUUGACGAGUCCCCCAAUUCCUCCAAGGAAUGUAUUAAAAAGAACAAACUUAACCUCGCCUCACUGGACCCAGCUGUGGUGGAAAGACUCCUCAAACUGGAUAAAAUCCUCACUGAGAAAGGAAAGAUCGAGACCCAACUUCUGAGCACCCCGAAAAGAGAGCGCAUGGCUCUGCUGAGGAAAUGGGAAGAGAGCCAGAUGGAGAUCGAGAGGCUGAAGGAGAAGCAGAAGGAGCUGGAGGAUAAGGCUACAGCAGCCGAGGCUCGGCUGGAAAAAUCAACCAGUUCAGACCUGGAGCUCUCAGAUUGCAGCGUGAGCGAAAGCAUGUUCCGGGCGCCGCUUCGCACUCGGGCAACUUCCACCGCCAAGGCCAAGAAGGUGCUCCGUGUUCUGCCCCUGCAGGGUGAGCAUUCAAGCGCAAAUCCUGGAGAACUAACUGCUGGGAAGCAGGAGGAGCUCGAGCAGUCUGGCGUUAACAACCAGUCCAAUAUCCAGGAGGAAACGAUACCAGUUGUAAAGAAAACAAAACGGAAAACCCCCGCAGGCCAGGAAAACGAGCCUAGCUGGGAGGUGAGCAUGCGGUCGGACAUCCUCCAGAGCGGCCGGGAAAAGAUCCUCCAUCUCCUCAACACCGGCUCUAUAAAAGAGCUGAAGUCUUUGCAGAAGAUUGGAGACAAGAAAGCCAAACUCAUUGUGGGCUGGAGGGAGCUGAAGGGCCCAUUCAAAAAGGUGGAAGAAUUGUCGGAUAUGGAAGGGAUGUCUGUCAAACUGGUCUGUUCGUUUUUAAAGGCCAACAUCCUGAGCAUAGGGGCCAGCUGAAGAUCUGCAGUUACGGACUCUGCACUUGUCGGGAGCCUCUGAUGUAAUGGAUUCUAUGAAACCUUUUUACACCUACAUGGGGCUCAGUCCAUCCCCCUCCCCCCCCAGCACAGCACAGGAUAUAAUGGUGGGGGUUCAUCCACAAAACCACCUUGCUCCAAGCUCCUGUCACCUCGGUUUGUCAAUCCAAUAUCCUUGUGACUCUGUGCCCUGCUUCAGAGUUUUUGUGCUUUGUGCUGAUGGCAAAGCGAAGAGACUUUUGGGAGGACUUUCUUUUUUAUCAUGUUUUUAUUUUUAUUAUUGUAUUGAAGUUUUAGGUAAAAUAAGUGACUGGCAUUACCUGGAGAUGUGUUUUCAACUUCAAAAGGCUUCCUGAUGUCUUCUUUGUUUUAUCGAAACCACUUCUUUUGUAUAUAAUGUAUUCUAUUUUAAGGGGAAAACAGAAAUUGGACCAAUGUAGUUCACUUUUUACCGGCAUUUGUUUUUAUCCAGAGAAGCAAGUUUAAAUUACUUAUACAAUGUUACUUCAUCUGAAUCCUGAAUGUUCAUUUCUCAAAAUGUGAUUGUCAUUAGAAUGAAAAUCAUUUAAACCUUGCUAGCAGACAUGACGCACAAGGAGACUUUUUUUUUUUUUUUUUGCAACAAAAUUAACAAGUUGCCUGUAUCCCAAUUGGUUUAAACUUCUACGACUUGUCCAGUAAAUUGGUCCUCUGAAGGAAACUCUCAGCCCCAGUGACCAUAGCCAAGGCCGUUGUGGGAUUUUUGGCCUCAUAAAAGGUCUGACGGAAUGUGACUUGUCUAACCCUACAGACUCAAAAGCAACAUCGAGACAAGAAUGGGGAGUAGAGAUUUGGGACUUGACUAUCCGUGGUCAGCCAUUGCAUGAGAGUUUGCUUGUCCAUACCAUGUAUUAAUAAAACAUCUGUUUUUUUUAAUUUAA